ACAUGCACUGCACCUCGGCAUACUGCGUGACCCGGGUUCAGAAGUGGAGGACCGGCAGUAUCAGGUGGACUUCCAGUCCAUCAACAUUGGAACGGCUCACUGGGAGCAACUGAAGCCGGAGAAGGAGGGGACCAAAGGAGGCGUGUCCGUAGAGAGUGAGAGGAGCUCCCAGAACCCAGCGCUGGAGUGGAACAUGGCCAGCAGAUUGAAUGAUCAAAAAAAGCAUGGCAUGCAGAAAGAUGGCCAUUGAAAUCUCAUUCUACUUGGAUGAAUCUCUCAAAA